UUUACAUAUUCCGUCAAAAUCUUCGUCGUUUAUUUAUUCUGGCGGUUCCGCUGGGGGUUUGUUCUGCCCCGACUGAUCAUUACAUGGCCUCAUGACGACAGUAAACAUGAAAUCAGAAUUGUUGAUGGAAUCCCGACUUCGGGCUGAGAGCAGGCAGCCGCUUCAGCGCCGUCGUUUGGCGAAGACGGCCUCAGCCUGUGCGGUGUUGGAAAAUGGAGAGUGCGAUCCCGACUUGAAUCUGGCAAUUCAGGAGAGUUUGAAAUUAGCUCGGCAAAACGAGCUCAAGCAGGCCGCGGCAGCUGCCCUGGCCAACUCAAGCGCCAAAGAAGAGGACGAGGAAAACGAACCGGGUCGACCGAAUGGACCUCCGGCGAAAGACAAGUCCACGAAAUCAAACGACAAGCUGAUCGAGGUGAAGUCGUCCGCGCCGAAGUCAGGCAAAGCGAUUUCGUCCUCGUCGGCUUCCUCUUCAUCUAAACAACUGGAAGGAUUGUUAAUGCUGCAUUUAGAUUUGAUCCAGCAUCAACAAGAACUCAUCACGACCAAAGACAAGGAAAUCGUCAAUCUCAGAGGAGACAAAGAAGCGCUGAAAUGUCGACUAGAGCGCAUGGAGAGAAGGAUGGCUAUUCUGAAACAUAAAGAGGAUGUUCUCGGGGCUGCCCAACAGGCACGCACUUCCACUUCGGAGUCUCCCGCAGCCGUGCACACACUAGAGAGAUCGCAGAAAAGGAAAUCCAGCCUUGAGCCACAGAGUUUGAGUAAAAAAUUUGCUGGGGAUGUGGGGAAACAACAGAGACGAGUGUCAUCAGCGGCCAAAGGAGCAAAGUCUCAGGCCAGUGGGGCAGACAGGCCAUAUUAUUACAAACGCGGGUCGCGGAGAAAAGUUAACCUGGAAGAGGAGGAGGAAACUCCGGAAAGUUUAGCCCGAAAACGAUUCCUCCAGAAACGUGAAAAGAUUCACGAUGAACACACGAUUAUUCGUACUGAUAAACUGUCUCAGAUCGUGCACUAUGUGCCGCCGUUUGAAGACGGGGACGAGGCGAUACACGAACGUCUGAGAGCAGACACAGCAGGGAAACGCCAGGCAGAAGUUGAGAUCCCAACAUGGCGUUACAGAACUGUACCAAAUUGUUACACAUUGGAGGGCACAGAGAAUUUAGAAGAUGAGGUGUUCACAAAACGACAUCAGAAGCCUGAGUACGAAGAAAAGAGAAGAAAACGGUGGGACCUUCAACGGUUACGAGAACAGAGAAUGUACGAACAUUUGAAAGAGAAGGAAAAGAUUCCAGAGUUUGUGGGUCCUUAUCGACCUAAAGACAACCACACCAUCACUUUCUUCCCAUCUAUAGAAGAUAUUACUCAUAUUGAAGUUUGUGAUAAGAUACCUGUAUCAGCAUUUGGCUGCCCCAUUCCUUUCAUCAAACCCAGUGAAUUUGAUCUUCCCUGGGAGCACCAGAUCAAAAAACCUCGAGCAGCAGAAAAAAACACUCCCAAGUCCACCCGUUGGAACAUGAGACGAAAGUAAAACUGGAAGUACUGCGCAAAUGAAGAAGUCGAAGGAACACAAGACAAAAGUACUGCAUGCCAGUAGAGCAAGGGAGUGAAGCAAACACUGAAACACCAUUGUGUAAGAAUAAGAUGCAGUAAGAGGCCAAAGCUAAGUGGAAAGUUCUCAGUGAUACUGCUGUUGAAACUGGAGGCACAAGUGAUGGUGUUUACUCUUGAAAUUAAGUGAAUCUGAAUGGAAUAUUGAGCUGUGAAUCGAAACAGAUUCACCCAUGAACUCACUCUGUAUCUGAGAAGACAAACCUUAUCACAGACGUUCUUUGGUCUUUUACUUAAGUGAGGAAGUUUAGCAACUUUAAGAAGACGGCUUCUUCAAUCUGCCUGUCACAUUUGAUCUGAUUUCUAGUAUGUAACAUGAGCCAUUACUACAUGUAAUUAUCAAAGAAAAUUUUGAAAUAGGACAUUGCACCAAGCAAAUACUUGCAGGGUUAUUGUGCAAAUGACUGACUUCAGAAACACUAUCCUUCUUAUUGGAUGAUCAUUGUUUUAAUGUCAGGGAAUAUCUUGAUGGGAGCAUUGUUGUUACAGUACUGUUUAUGGACAAAUAAUGCUAACCUCA